AUGCAGGCCAUCAAACUACCCCAGAUGACCAAUCAGGCCAUCUUAAAACACUACCAUAUGAAUGAAAUGUUCCCGAGAGAAUGGGAUGAACAAGAUACUGUCGACCAACCACGAGGUCCACCAUCUGACCGAGAACGAACACGAUCCGGCUCCCCCGCUAGCCGUCUCCAGCGUAGUCCCGCUAGAAGUCCGGCUAGACAAGCCGUCGGAGGCCAUGGUAGGAAUAACUCUGGAAACAUGCAUGGCAGGACCGGGUCGGGUCGCUAUUCGAUCUUGCAGGAUGGUGGUAUUAGGAAGAUCGCCGGAGCGGGUCUCAGCGUCCCUGGUGGAGAGAACAAUACCCUCUUAGAUGAACCUGAUCCGUUAGGGAAGAGUAACUCGGUUGUUGCCAUCUUGAGAGAGAAUGAAAUAGGAAAUGUCGAGAAUAAUAUGAGACUUCGUAACAAGUAUCUAAUCUCCUCGAAAACAUUCUCUCCGGGCGAUUUCCUACGAGACGUCCACAUGUACAGUGAUGUAGACGACCUGCAGAAUGGAUUGGAAUACCUGACCAACAGUAUCAAUCAGAAGUCAUCGGCGCUUAAGUUGCUUGUAUCGAAUAACUUCGAGAGAUUUGUGCUGGCUAAAAGUACCAUCGAUUCCGUUUAUAAGGAGAUGAGGGCAGGGAGCACGACAAUAAAUUAUGAAGGAGAAGAAGAGGCGACGUUCAGGCUCAUCAAGGAAGAAGAAUGGGGCUUGAAGACUAUCCGAACACCACUUAAUGCCGCCCAGGCGCAAGCUGAGACACUUUUUGGGCCUGUUAUGGAGAACCAAGAAAGAGAAGAUAAACUCAGAUUUUUGCUAAAGAGUAUCGACAAAUACCGGGAAGUCUUUGACAUGAGUGGUAUCAUUGUGGACGCUAUCAAACGUAAGGACUAUGAUACGCUGAAGGAAGAGUACUUUAAAGCAAAAUCUACAGUUGAGUCCGCAAGGGCCAUCCUAGUCCCUGGAAGACCGCCAACAGAGCUUGAUAUCCACCGCAUUAUUAUUGCCGAGAGGAUGUGGGCCGAGGUCGAGGAAGUGAUCAAAGAUUACAAACGAGAAACAUACCGGCGUCUUAUGGAGACAAGCCAGGAUGAUAAUUUCAUUGAUCUAAUUGCUAUCCUCCUUGAACUUGGAGUGGAAGAGAAUCCAAUUUGGGUUUGGUUGAUCUCACGUUACGAUGCUUUGAAAGCCAAGAUCACUACUAGUUUCGAGCGUUCUCGAAUGGAAAUCGAAGCAUUACGACGACGAGUCGCUGUUGCACCCGAACCGGCUCCCGAUGUUUACGCUCAUUACCUGAGGUCUCCUAUGCGUCGUAAUGCGGACGGCUAUGACACACCGUUGGUAAUGGCGUUCUGGGAGCUCCUCAAGUCGAUCAUGACAGCUACACUGUCUCCAAGCGAAGGCCUUUUAGGGGAACUCGUGGGCUUCUGGACUAUCGCUCAGAAUUUCAUUGAUGGCAAGACGCAGAAGAAUUUACCAAUCGGACACGACGAAGCGGGCUUUAAACACCACCACCUGACCGAGGAUAAGGUCGCUCAGUUAAGGAAGGGCGGUGAAGACUUGCUCACUUCUUUGGUAUCAUCGAUUAUAGAAUUCUUCAACAGCCCCCCAAUUGAGGAUAUCAGUGCUCUUAUGUCGCCAACCACCCCGAUGUCACCUGAUUCUUUACCCCCAACCCCUUCAACUGGGGUUCCACAAACUCCAAUGUCUGCCACUAUGAAUACAGGGCACUCCCCAGAUUCCUGGCUACAACUUCAAAAACGAUCUUCCAACUUACCUACUGAUGGUUAUGCGUUUCUACCCCCGAAUGGCAACUCGGUUGCUGGAACUUAUUAUCUCGCCCAGAUCCUUGGUAUGGUGGGAACAGCAGCCGCAGAGUUGGCUAAACUCCCGAUUGGAAGAAGGGCUACCGAUCAACUCCGCAUGAUGGUUGCCACCGCUAGAGAAAGGGCUGUACAUGGUGUCUGCUUCGCAUGGCAGAAGGAUUCUUCGAACUUCAAGGUGCUCGAAGAUUGGACUCGAUCAUCGCAGAAUAAAGCUAUCACCAAGCUUCCUAGCCAAUUCCUAGCUGUUGAGAGAGCCAUUGUGAUGGGAUUGCAGGAAAUACUUCAUGUUAAUAGAGCGAAGGCUGGACCUGAUAAUCCAGCUAUUACACCUCCCGCCGCUUCGUUGGUGGCAUUUGUUAGACAACAGUUUCGGCGAUCUUUGUAUGCUGCUCUGAGCGGGUGCUAUCAGAACUCGGUCAAGCCGCCAAAAGAUCCCAACCAAGAGGAAGACGAAGUUGCAGAAACUGUCAACAACAAUGCUACAUCGACGACAGCUGGACAGUCUGGUUUGGCAUUCUCUGUUGAUAAGAAUGAUUCGAAUGUGAGAGUGCUAUUGACUCUGAGCAAUCUUCAAGAAAUUAAAGCUCAUGCUGUUCCACAACUGCUCGAACAAUUCGAGAAUGCCUUCGGUAUCCCGUUGACCGAAGAUUCCAAUCUCGUCAAAGAGACUCUCGCACAGAUCGACAACCAGCUAUUUGAAGCCUAUACAAGACCACGUGUUGGAGCGCUGGAGGACACCAUCAGGACCGGUUUGAUAUCACCAGACUGGAUCCCUGAAAACAAAGCAGCAGCUGUCACCCCUUACAUUCACGAGGCUCUCCUUCAAAUUGUUCUCGUUCACUCACAAGUUGUCACUACGGCACCGACUUUGCUACAACGCAUAGUAUCGUACAUGCUCGAGUCGUUUUCCUUCGCCAUGCUCAAUACGUUCAAAGCACAUCCAACCACCAAGUUCGGUCUUAGCGCCCUCUUGCAGGCUACACUUGAUGUUGAGUUUGUGAACCAGACACUAGGGCAAUUCGUUACGCAAAGAGCCCAAGAGCUACAAAGUGAGAUUUACGUUGAGUUAGAUAGACGAAGCGACGGACCAAGUCGUGCCGCACUGCAUAAGGAGCUGGCGGACCUUAGGAAUGUUUUGAUGGGAUUGAGGAGGAACACUCGAGCUGAGUUCUUAUGCUUUAGGCAAAAGAAGCCAACACCAGCAAAUGGAGCAGGUGGAGGGAAUGUGAAGCCAGGACCUGCCACGGUGAACUAG